CUAACGGCUCACAGCGGUGUUAUUAAACUCUCUGAAACGAUAUCGUCUUUAACGCUUUUAGCUGUGUGACUGUAAUUGUGGUUUCAGGCGCAACCAUGUCUAGAAAGAAACACGCAAAAGAUAAAACAAGCGCUGAAGACGAGGCCUGGAAAAGCGCAGGACCGACUCCAAAUGAAACACUUCCUGUUCAGACCUUCGAUGAAUAUCAGUGCACAGGAAAUGCAGAGACUGACUUCCCUGCGCUAUGUACUCUACUGAACGUGAAGGAUAUCCCAGCUGUCAUUGCCAAGUUCCCAGCCUCCUCCGCCAGUCAAACUGAAGGUGACACCGAUUACCAGUUACAGACAAGUGAUGCUUCUUUCUGCUCAAAGCCCUGCCUAACACUGGAGCUGGAGAGUAAAGACAGAGCCAGGAGCAUGAAGGUUUCUGGAUGGAGGGUGAAUGAGCAGAUUUUCCGAGCGCUACAGAAGAUGCUCCCCUCCAUGAACCAGCUACUGAGCCUUGGGUUUUGGCAGGCGGGACUGACAGAUCGCAUGGUAGUCGCCCUCAUGAACACAAUACCGCUGUGCUCCAGCCUCAGGGUUGUGGCACUGGAAGGCAAUGUUCUUCCACAGCAGGGCUACCACCUGCUUCUCUCUGAGGACAGCGUCCUCACUCACUUGUCUCUGAGAAAUAACCGGAUAGGAGAUGAAGGCGCUCGCCUGAUUGGUUCAGCGCUUUCGACAGCCAGGUCUGCCAACAAAAACCUCCUGUCACUCAACCUGGCGUUCAACCGUAUAGGUGAUGCAGGUGCUGCACUUAUCGCUCAGGGCCUGCGGCUGAAUCGUACCUUGCUCUUUCUCUCGCUGUGCAACAAUCAGAUUGGAGAUGCAGGAGCUGCUCAUCUGGCUGCGGUACUUGGUGAGUUUGCCUUAACUCAUGAUGAAAUAGUGGAGAGGAGGAAGCUGCUUCUGAAAAGAGCGCAAGCUGCUUUAGUGAAGGAUGAGCCUCUCCAAACAUUAGCUGGCAGCACCACCUCACUGGGUGGCAACAAAGGAGAGACCACAGGCACUCCUAAAAAAAAGGAAGCAACCAGAAAAGACGAGAAACCGGACGCCAACAAAGACAACCAAAAGCCAAACAAGAAAACCACUGAUACAAGAGCGUCUCAGGCUAGAGGUGGAAAGGCAGGGGGCAAAGAGAAGCAACAUGCAGAAGAGGAUAGAUCAAAUACUUCCCUGAAUGAGGCAGAGUUGGUGGAUCCAGCGAAUCCCCUGCUGCACCCGUCGGUGCAUCCCAGGGACGGACAGGUCUUCAUGUCCGGAAACACGACUCUUGCCUCCCUCAACCUGGCAGGAAACAAAAUCACAGAGAAGUCGCUGCCUCUCUUUUUGGCGUCACUUGAAGCGCAGGGCGAGGGCGAGGGUGGAGGUCUGCUGCGUCUCUGUCUGCAGAGAAACAUUUUCCCACCAGGAAAUGAGUUUUACGUGAAGAUAAAGGAACUGAUGGCUGCCUUAGAUCCAAUGAAAAAAAAUAACUCUGAAGAGGAGGGACUGGGAGAAUAGAGAGGCUGACAGAACGGGCCUUCAGUUUGUCUUUGUCUUAUAGCAAUAAAAAUAUGUGUAUAAUUGUAUAAUAAUAAUUUCAGCUGUUUAAUUAUUUGUCAGAAUUAAUUAAAGAGAAUAAUAUGAGUGAACAGGGCAGCCAAUCAGAACUGCGUAGAUUAAUUGUUUUAGUUAAGUCACCUUACAGUUACCAGCCAUCACUCAGGUGACAUGCACAUUAGGUUUAUUGGUGGUUCUAAAUUGGUUAUAGAUGUGAGUGUGAGUGGUUGUAUGUUUCUCUGUGUUAGUCAUAUGAUAGACUGGCAACCUCGCCAGAGUGUACCCUGCUUCUUCCAUGUUUCAGUGGAGAUAUGCUCCAGCCUGUCCGUGACCCCAAACUGGAUAAGUGGAAGAAAAUGGAUGGAUAGAUGGACAUUGGGAAAUGCUAGUGUCUUUGAGUAAUACAGAUGGUACUGCUACAGACUGUUUGCCUCCUGGAUUUUGAUGUUUUUUUCUCCAGGAUCUGAACCAUUAUGGCUUCAGAAUAGAGGACAUUUGACUCAAGAGACAAAGAUCUAAGUUUUUACCUUAAACUAAAUAAAUCUGUUUUACCUAAAUACUUUUUUUUAUCAUCUGACUGCUUGAGUGCAGCACUGUUGUGCCAGUAUUUACUUGAAUAAAAGCUACUUUUAGCCCUCAUUUACAAGGGCUCACCACAGCAGGCCACUCCAUGCGUGUGAUUAGGCAGAUUCUUACACUGGAUGAUCUUCCGGACAUAACCUUAGAGGGAUUUAUAUGAUUUGUAUCUCCUGGAAUCAAACUGUGUAAUCCACUAUCCUGUAGUGCUGGGCUUUUAAUUAAUUAAUAUUCCAUUUCGGUCCCAUCAUCAAACUUUUCAUU